GCCUCCUCUCCCAGGUGACAGAUGAUAAACUUUUGGUUGCUCAACUCCAAGCAGGACUCUGGCACCUACACAGUUUCUUCCCUUAUUGUGUCUUCAUCUGAUGAAUGUGCUCUCCACAGCAGGACCACUGCCAGCAGCACUUGGGGACAACUACAGAGGAGCACCUGGGAAUGGCUGUCCCAACCGUUGUGACAAUCCAGCCGCAGUACGGUGGGGCCAUGUCCUCUGUCUCGAGAUGCACUUGGCAGACAGGCCUGAUGGACUGCUGCUCUGACUGUGGCGUCUGCUGCUGCGGGAUGUUCUGCUUCCCCUGCCUGGCAUGCCAAGUGGCUGGGGACAUGAACGAGUGCUGCCUGUGUGGGACCAGCGUGGCCAUGAGGACCCUCUACCGCACCAGAUACAACAUCCCGGGGUCCAUUUGCUCUGACUACUGUGUCACCCUGUGGUGCACCGUGUGCUCUGUUUGCCAAAUGAAGAGAGACAUCAACCGCAGGAGGGAGCUUGGCAUAUUCUGAUGCUGCCAUCCUCGCUGCAUCCUUGGAGCUGCUGCAAGCAGGAGUCACCACUGCUCUGACUGUUGGGAAAUGCACCAUGUGGAGCUUGUCUUGAUUGCAUUUGAUUUUCCCUACUUAACUGCAGAAAUAAAGUUUUGAGUUUGUCUUCCUA